AGGCUAGGCUCCUCAUAAACCAGCUCCGACAUUAGAGCCAAGCGCUGCACUUCCUCAUAACAGAAGUUUCAGUUUGUGUUUAUGUGGAUAUUGAAGGGCUUGUUGUGUGUUGUAGACUGGCUCUCGUAACAUGUACACGAUGUUUGACGUGUCAGGUGCUGAAUUAAACCAUUGACGGUAUAUACGUAUGUAGUGCAUUUGAAGUAAACGCUUUGCUGCAGAUGUGAGUGAAGGCUGCCGCAGAUCGCUAUACCAUAGGGAAAAAUGUUCACCAAUAAUUUGUAGAUCAGACAAACUGCACAAUUUCUGCGCACACCGUGCUCUGCGUAAUAUCCGGUACAGAAAAGCUGAGCUUGCGUGAGCUAUGGUUGAUACUUCUUUAACAUUAAUACAACUCUUAUAGUAGACGUUUUACUCUACCAAGUGUUCAUGCAAGGAUAUAUCGACUGCCACUGUCAUAUCUCUGCUGGAGAUUUUGACGAUGACAUUGAUGUUGUUAUUGUGCAGGCAAAAAAGGCUGGAGUUCUGGCUCUUCUUGCAGUGGCAGAACAUGCUGGGGAGUUUGAGAAAAUCAUACAGCUGUCACAGAGGUUUCCUGGUUUUGUGAUGUCCUGUCUUGGGGUUCACCCAGUUCAAGGCCAAGACCCAGCACAUCCCCGCGGGGCAUUAUUAGAGGAUCUAGACACUGCCUUACCCUUAAUUGAAAAAUAUAAAGAACACAUUGUGGCUAUUGGUGAGGUUGGCCUUGACUUCACACCCCGGGUAGUUAAUAAUGAUGCAGGGAAAGAAAGCCAGAGACAAGUGCUCAUUCGUCAAGCAGAGAUUGCAAAGCAGCUGAAUCUUCCUCUGAAUGUCCACUCAAGAUCUGCUGGAAGACCAACGAUUCAUCUUUUAAAGGAGCUAGGUGUAGAAAACGCCCUUCUUCAUGCAUUUGAUGGAAAACCCUCAGUUGCAAUGGAGGGUGUCCGUGCAGGGUAUUUUUUUUCAAUACCACCAUCGAUUGUUAGAAGUGAACAGAAGCAGAAACUUGUGAAACAGCUGCCACUGGAGAAUAUGUGUCUGGAGACGGAUUCACCAGCACUUGGACCAGAGAAACAGGUGAGGAACGAACCAAGAAAUAUCACUGUUAGUGCUGAGUACAUUGCUAAAACCAAAGGGAUUCCCUUGGAAAAGGUCAUGGAAGUCACCACACUUAAUGCUCUCCGUCUUUUUCCCAAGUUGAAGACAUUUAUCAAAAUGUGACUGCGGCAAGAAGACAUCUACCAAGAUUUAAACAGUGUAGUGCAGUCUGUAGUUGGUCAGCGACUCUGUUUUGUUGUUUCUGCUCUGUACUCAAGCCAACUGGAUACUAAAUAAAAAAAGACUAUGAAGUUGUGCAGAGUAUGCACCUUAUGCAUGUCCAUACUUGGUGAGCUAUGUAAGAACCCUAACCUUUUUGUUCAAAGUUGAAACUGAUGUAUGGUGAUUCAUCAUUCACUGUUAGAAAUAAAGGUUCUGUGCAGGAACAUUUUCUGUUCAUCAAAGUACAAACAAAGUAAAUGUGUUCUCAAAGAUACAACAGUGGUUUUA